AUGGACGGCAAUAAGGAUGAGAGCGAGAAGUGUAUCUCAAUAGCUCUACGAUUCAUCGAGUCAGGAAACAUCGACAAAGCUAAGAAAUUUCUCCAGAAAGCACAUAAGCUGUUUCCAUCAAAGAAAGCCACAGAUUUACUUGACAAGUUGGAACACCACACAGCUAAUGGCAAGAGCAAGGACGGUGAUUCUACCCGUGCGCGCCAGAGGAAACACAGUCAUUCAAAAACACCUGAUAGCAGCACUGCUGAAGCUGAAAUUGUUCACCACAUUGAGUAUACAGAAGAACAGUUAGCCUCUGUCAGAAGGAUCAACACCUGUAAAGAUGUAUACGAGGUGCUUGAGCUAACUAAAGAGUUCACGGAUUCAGACCUGAAGAAAGCCUACAGGCGGUUGGCAUUGCAGAUGCAUCCAGACAAAAACAAGGCGCCUGGUGCAACAGAAGCUUUCAAAGCAAUAGGAAAAGCCUACAGCAUCCUCAGUGAUAAAGAGAAAAGACGACAGUAUGACUUGUAUGGUCCGGAAAUGCAGCCUAGUCGAUUAACACGAGAUCGUGAAGAAUAUUCACAUGGAUAUGAAGGCGACAUUUCGCCGGAGGAAUUGUUCAACAUGUUUUUUGGUGGUGGUGGUUUCACAUCAGGUAAUGUACACAGACACCAUCAACAUCAUGCCAGGAGAACAUUCUUCACCUACAGGGAACCUCAACAGUCAGAGAGUGGCCUGACCUUGUUUUUCCAGCUAGCCCCUAUCCUGUUGCUAGUUGUCCUGUCGAUGUUGAGCAGUUUCCUUGUUAGUGAUCCAGUCUUCAGUUUACAGAAAACAGAUAAGUACAGAGUGGAAAGAAAGACCUCGUCUAUGCAUUUGACGUACUACGUGAAGGAUGAUUUUCAUGUUGAAUUUGCGUCAGACUUGCGGAGGAUAGAAAGAGCAGUAGAGGAAGAAUACAUUGGGCAGCUACGAACCAACUGUUUUAGGGAAAGAAAUUACAAAGAAAAUAUGAUGUGGAGAGCAAGGAAUUACGGAGAUGCCAAGUUAUACCAGAAGGCGGUGGAUAUGGCCACGCCGUCGUGUGAUAAUUUACAAAAAGUAUAUUCAUGA